UGUCAUACACGCCGUGUAAAAGAAAGUGGCGCUAGCAAAUUAGCUCAUCUCCUUCGCUUGGUUACAAGGCCACCCGCUCGCUCUAGUUCGCACAAGCAAGCACAGCUGCCGGAUUCAACUGAACUCGCAAAAUCUCUCCCUCACAUGGUUGGGUCUUAAAAAAAACAAAAUAAAGGAGAGGAUGGCGAUUUCUCUUAAUUCUGUUGUUGGCAUCAAUUCAACGCUGCAAUCCAGAUACCAACAUGUGUCUAGACCAAAGACCACCUCCUUGGGUAUGCUUGCUUCAAGGAUGCAUAUCAAUGGAAGAAGAAGAGGGUCAUUCGUUUCAGCUGCGGAUAAUGAUCGUCUUGUCACGGACACCAGUGUUAAGGGUUAUGGAGGUGCUGAGAGCUCAAUUUCUGACAAUCAGCUGUCAACAGUGAAUUCCUCUGAGGAUUCUCCAGGAGGAAACAGUGUUGGUGAGGAGUCAGGACCUCAAACCUCUGGAGCUUCUAAUGGCUCAACAGUUUCUGCAGAUAUGAAGUCUAGGCCAAAAAGGUCGCCUCUAACAGCAAGAGAGAGACUGAAGGCUGCGAGGGUUCUCAGCCGUUACACAGAAUCAAAGGCAUCGAAAUCAGAGAUGGGCAGCAAAGUAUUGGAUGCCAUGAGAGAAAGUGAUAAGGGCAAGAAAAGACCUGGCCUUCCAGAAGCCCCUGAAAACAUGUUUGAUGACAGCAAGCGAGGGUUGCCAAAGGAGGGGUGGACUUUUCAAUUUCCAGGUGGUUCAGAACUAUUUUUCAUUGUCGUUUCAUUUGUUUUAAUCAGCACAAUAAUGUUUGCAACGACUUACGUUGUCUGGAAAGUUGGUGCAAUCCAUUUUGAUGAGUAUUAAUUAAGGUGUAGUUCUGCUAUUUACAUGAGCUACCUUUUCAAAUUUAUCCUUUAAAAAAUCAUUAACUAUUUGGAUUCAGGUGCUUGCUCAAGUUAUAUUACAUUGUUAGGAUUUUAAUGUCUUUUAGACAAGAUACAUACGUGAAUGUACAAAGCAAUACUUGGCUGACAUUAUAGUUCAAGUUCUAUUUUAUUUCUUUUAUUUAUCUUGA